AUGGGAUCUGCCAGACUGGAGUCUGGUACAUUACCUCGUGGAAGACCGACAUUCUUGACAAGAGCAGCGACAGAUACCACCGAUCAAUUGCUACGGCGCUCCUCAUUACCUUCGCCGCCCCGGGAAGCUCGCAGAAGCAAGCUUGCACAUUCGGAAGAGCCAGAUAUUCCUUACGAGCCACGGACCGAAAAUGACGAGCCUCCUCCUCCAGCCCAUGCCCUGUCUCAGCGGUUGUUUGGAAGACUUUUCCGAGGCCGAUAUGAUGGAGGUGACGACAUACACGUAGCGAAUCGGUCGAGAAGCGGAGGUAGAAGGAAAAGCGGCAAUACUGGACUUGCGGACCAUUCCUUGACCGCGCAAAUGCAUCAGAGUACAGAUGAGCAGAGAAAACAGAGAUCCGACACGCCGAAGAUGGGCUCCUUCCCGCGGCCAGUGGGAGGCUCCGAAAAGCUGGGUACCUAUUCAGGCGUCUUCGUGCCGACAAGCUUGAACGUCCUUAGCAUUCUGAUGUUCAUACGCUUCGGGUUCAUCUUGGGACAGGCUGGUGUGGUGGGCAUCAUGGGCAUGAUGGUUGUGGCGUACCUCAUCAAUCUCGUGACUACGAUGUCCAUCUCGGCAGUGGCUUCCAAUGGCACCGUUAGAGGUGGUGGCGCAUACUAUCUAAUAUCUAGAUCGCUAGGACCAGAGUUUGGCGGUUCGAUUGGCGUUGUUUUUUAUCUGGGAUUUGUGUUCAACACCGGCAUGAACGCGGUAGGUUUGAUUGACUGCCUUAUCUACAACUUCGGGGCCGAUUCUGGUAACUGGUUUUGUUUCUUGCCGGAAGGCUUCUGGUGGCAGUACUUGUGGGCCACCAUUGUUCUGUUACUUUGCACCGGGAUAUGCCUUGCUGGUAGCAGUAUAUUUGCACGCUGCAGCAAUGGACUGCUCGCGAUUUUGCUUCUCGCAACAUUCAGCAUACCUUUCUCAGCCCUGGUGAGAAAGCCUUAUCACGACCCAGUUCAGCAUAUCCAUUUUACGGGUCUCAGCUUGAAAACAUUCAAAGAAAAUCUUUUGCCGCACUUCACAAGGCAUGCCGCUGGGAGUCAGCUCAAGGAGCGCGAGAACUUCCCAGAUCUCUUCGGCGUCUUAUUUCCUGCCACUGGUGGCAUCUUCGCUGGCGCCAGCAUGUCUGGCGAUCUGAAGAACCCUAGCAAGUCGAUUCCCAAAGGUACGAUGUAUGGCUUGAUCUUGACCUUCAUUUCUUAUACGCUUGUCAUACUGGGGAUGGCUGCAAGCAUUACACGUACUUCAUUCUACAGCAAUCUCAACGUCGUUCAGGAUACAAACAUUUCAGGGGUCCUGAUACUUCUAGGAGAGCUCGCCGCGACCUUCUUCUCAGCAUUAAUGGGAGUCAUCGGUCCUGCGAAGCUACUGCAGGCCAUAGCGAGGGACAGCCUUCUUCCAGGAUUGUCAAUCUUCGGGCAGGGAAGCAAAAAGGGCGAUGAACCGACUUAUGCAAUUAUCAUCACCUAUGUGGUUGCGCAGCUUACUAUACUUUUCGACAUCAAUCGUAUCGCUUCUUUCAUCACCAUGACUUACUUGAUGACUUUCCUUGUCACAAAUCUGGCCUGCUUCCUGCUCAAGGUCAGUUCUGCGCCAAAUUUCAGGCCGUCAUUCAGAUACUUCAAUUGGUGGACAGCUGCAGCUGGUGCGAUUGCUUGCGCAGUUACCAUGUUCCUGGUUGAUGGCGUUGCUGCAAGUGGAGCUGUGGGCAUCCUCGUUGUCAUUUUCCUUCUGAUUCACUAUACCUCACCUCCCAAGUCUUGGGGUGAUGUCAGUCAAAGUCUCAUCUACCAUCAAGUAAGAAAGUAUCUUCUGCGUCUCAAACAAGAACAUGUCAAAUUCUGGCGGCCACAGAUUUUGUUGUUCGUCAAUGACCCGCGUCGAGGCUACAAAUUGAUCCAGUUCUGCAAUUCACUAAAGAAGGGAGCAUUGUUUAUCCUCGGACAUGUCAUCGUCACAUCGAAUUUUGGCGCCUCUGUACCAGAAGCUCGUCGACAGCAGGCGGCCUGGGCCAAGUAUAUCGAUCUGUCCAAAAUCAAAGCCUUCAUCGAUGUUGCUAUAUCGCCUUCCAUAGAAUGGGGAGCGCGGAACAUUGUGUUGAACGCCGGCCUGGGCGGAAUGAGACCGAACAUUGUGAUUAUGGGCUUUUACAACCUGAAACAGUUUCGACAGGAACAACCCCUUGUUGACGUGCCUUCUCCACCGCCAGAGAGGAAGUCUCGUAUGCACGACAAGCCGAACGGUGGAGUCCGAAAGCGACGGCGCAGUGCCGCCACCAAACAACUGGAGGGUGCUUUGCCAACUGACAGCUGCUAUGUCGAGAAACGAACCGACAUCCAAAGCUAUGUCAUGGUUUUGGAAGAUAUGCUUCUUAAGCUCCAGAUCAAUGUAGCAAUUGCAACUGGCUUCAACGAUCUUGAACUUCCGAAUCCUAAAGAAGGCAACACCAAGAAGUAUAUUGAUUUGUGGCCUAUUCAGAUGUCAGCGACUAUCUCGUCACAAUCGGAGGAGACUCAACAAGACCUACUUACCACCAACUUCGAUACCUACACGCUGAUCCUGCAGCUUGGCUGUAUUCUCAACACAGUGCCAUCGUGGAAAAAGUCAUACCAACUUCGUGUGGCAGUCUUUGUUGAAUACGAAUCCGACGUGGAAGAAGAGAGGGUGAGAGUAGCAGCGCUACUUGAGAAGUUGCGCAUCAGAGCAGAGAUUUUGGUCUUCUGGCUUGCAUCUGGGGAUGCCAAAUCAUACCAGUUGAUCGUCAACGGUGAUUCUUCUUCUGCCGAUGCUGAAAUCGAGGAGCAAGUGGAGAAGGUUUUGGAGGACGAAGCAUGGUGGAGUGACCUCAAACGACUCAGGGGGAAGCUUUCUGGAGGCGAGCUGACUGCCUUGGAAUCACUUGCUGUGGCCGCUGAUUUGAGCAGUGCGGCACCUGCAUGGCCAAGUGCAUCGUUUCAACAUGGCAAACGGGAACAGAGUAUUGCCAGAUUUGAAGGACUGAGGCAGUUGAUUCAUGAUUCUCGGAGAAAACCUUCAAUGGCGAACUUGAGCAGGCUCGGCGUCAGCAUGGGCAUGAGAACGCAUCGGCUGGACGAUGAUAUGAUCAGUAGACAUGCUAGCCAUGCAAGUGCGAGCGAGGAUUCGGAGUGGAGUGACGAGGAGUCCUUCGCAAGUGACAGCGCUGUCGAGGGCUCCGACGAAGACGCCAGCACAUAUGCCACCCGGAGCGACAGCGAGAGCGGGCUACCCUCUCACCGGAGUGUCGCCCGAACAUCCUCCCCCCUGGCAUCGAAAACGCACUCCAAACGAAGCAGUCUUGCGAGCUCGAAGGAAUCUCGUUCCUCAAAGAAACGAUCACUGCGCCGUGCAGCUCACAAGGCAGCGUCCGAGGUCUACGGCAUCGCUCCAAGCUCGCUACGAGAAGACUUCGACAGCACUCUGAUAGACGUGACUUCUCCGCGAUCCCAAUCGCCGAGGCAAAGAUCAAAGUCACCUCGAGGUCGCAAACCAAUAGCGCAGCACGAUCUGCUUGAUAAGAUCAAUCUACCAACGACCUCCCAUGACCUCCCAAAGCCCUCCCAACCCGGCAGCCAACGGCGGUCGUUCAACGACCUCCCCUGCCGCGCCCAACACCUGAUCCUCAACGAACUCAUCACCUUAAACGCGGAAGACACAGCCGUCAUCUUCACCACCCUCCCCGCCCCGGUGGAGGGCACCUACAAGUCCGAGGGCGAGAGUCUGGCGUACGUGAGUGAUCUGGAGGUCUUGACCGGAGGGCUGCCGCCGACCUUGAUGGUGCAUAGUAAUAGCCUGACCGUGACGAUGAAUCUGUGA